CCUGAAAGGUAAGAAAGAAAAAUUAUUUAAAUCAAUAAUCAAAUGCAAGUUGAGUAAGAAUAAUCCUCUAAAUUAAAUUAAAAAUCUUAAUAAUAACAUCAAUUAUAGAAAACUAACAAUGAACAAUCUAGUUUAAAUUUUGUUGAAUUUUAAUAAAAAAAUAUUUCAUUUAGAUAAGGAAAUACUAAUAAUUCAUCUAAAGUUAAGAUCAAAUCUAAUGAAAACUCUUAACUUUAAUAAUAAAUACGAGAAUCCGAAACAGUUGAUUAAUUAAUUAAUAAUGAUAAAUAUGUUUAAUCCAAUUAAUUGACUGUGGAUGAACUAGCUUAAUAAGUUCUAAGUAAUAUGGAUUUAUUUUAGAAUAAUGAACAAGCUACUCCUUAAUAAUAUAAUGAUAGAGUUCUAAUCACAGUCUAAUUUCCAGCAGAAAUUAAAAAGAAUUAAGCUAUAAAAUUUUUAUAAACGGAUAAAGAUUCUGAGUUAGCAAAAGGUGUUAUCUAUCUAAAUGGUUAAGAAUUAUAGAAACUAGAUUAAGAAAUAGCUGAUACCUUACAGAAAAUUAGUUUUUCUAUUAAGAAAAUAAAAAUAAAUGGAUAAGAUUACUCUUUAAGCUCUCCUUUCUGUGUUAUAACUAAUAAUAUUCCUUUAAAUUAUGCUAGAUAAUGGUAGUUUUUCAAAGACAAAUAAGCAGUGUAAGUUUAUAUUAUUCAUACUUAAAUUGUUUGGCUAUUUCAAUAAUAUCUACUUGAUAUAAACAUGAGAUCUUAAGCACAAACUUAUAUUUAAAAAGUUUAAUAAUCCUAUAUUGAUAAGUGGUUAAAAUUUAUAAAUUAGGAAAAAAAUAUAUGGACCAGAACAACAAAUGAAUCUCUCAUAUUAUUAGUUUAAACCCAUAGUGAUUAAUUAAUUCAAAAUUCUGAUGAUAAGAAUGCUGAUAACUAUGUUAUAAAGCUUAUUGAAGAUAUUUGGUUUGUAUUUUCAGGUAUUAAAUAAUAUGUUCUAUUUCAUACUACAUAUGAAGUAAAGUAAACAAUCUUAACUUAUAUCUAAAUUAAAGAUGAAUUGUUUCUACCUAAUUUGAAUACUGAAACUCUUCUAAAAGGCAUGAAAUAAUUUGAUUUAUGUAUUUAGGAUUCACCUAUCUUUGAACCCAAUGUCUCCCAUGAUGUUAUUUGUUGGUUAUGUUUUAGUAGUCAUUCCUCCUGGGAGCAAUUUUAUAUCCAUAAAUGUAAUACCAGUUAGGCUAAAUAAUCUUUCCACUAGGAUCAUCUACAGACUUGGAAACUGUCUAAUUCCAAAUGAAUAAUUAU